AUGAUGGCUGGUUCGGCUUUAAGAAGGCUAAUGGCCGAAUAUAAACAGUUAACGGUGAAUCCACCUGAAGGGAUCAUAGCUGGGCCUGUUAAUGAAGAGAAUUUUUUUGAAUGGGAAGCAUUAAUAACAGGUCCAGAAGGUACUUGCUUCGAGGGAGGCAUAUUUCCAGCUAAACUUGUUUUUCCACCAGACUAUCCCUUGAGCCCGCCAAAGAUGCAGUUUAUAUGUGAAAUGUUUCAUCCUAACAUAUAUGCCGAUGGACGAGUGUGUAUAUCCAUCCUGCAUGCGCCCGGAGACGACCCAAUGGGCUACGAAAGCAGUGCUGAGCGCUGGUCGCCCGUGCAAAGUGUCGAGAAAAUUCUACUCUCCGUUGUCAGCAUGCUAGCCGAACCAAACGACGAAAGUGGAGCUAACGUGGACGCGGCAAAGAUGUGGCGGGAGGACCGCGAGCAGUUUAAUAGAAUAGCUGAAGGCUUGGUCAGGAAGACACUAGGUCUGCCACCACCCGAGUAG